AUGGCAGGAAACGAAAUUAAAUCAGGCUGGAUCGAAAAGCGAUCACAAUAUCUUAAGUCCUGGCGAGAAAGAUGGCUUGUGCUCUCUCCUUUGUUUCUCCAAACCUAUAAAACCCCUACAGACCAAGAGCACGCCACAAUGAGUUUAGAAUUAUCCACUAUAGACGAAGCAGUUCCCAGUGAAUUUGAAAUAGCAAAAGAGCACUGUUUCAGAAUAACAGCUCAAGGCACCCGAUAUUACAUAGCCACUGACACUGACCAAGAAAUGUGCUCAUGGCUCAACAUCAUUAACCAUGCUCGCCACAUUCAGUCAGUGCCCUUGCUUUCAAUCAAUUGCAUGCAAGAAAAAAAAGCGACCAGUGAAGUAUGCUUAAUAGCGACAUUUUCAAAGAUUAAAGAACUUUUGCAUGAAAGAGAAGAAGAAAUGGUCAAUGAGCUUGAAGAAUGCCAAAGAAACUAUAUAGAAAAGGUGGAACAAGAACUGAGUGAACUCACCCAAACUUUAGAUGUGGAGAACGAAAAUUACAGGUAUUUUACCGAAAUUUAUAAGAAAGAAGAUUCUUUGAUUAACAAAAUCAGAAAAAUUCAAGCAGGGAGAAGGAAUAAUUUGAGCUUCAAAGAGUUUGACAGCUUGAAUUGCUCUACACUUAGCGUAUCAAUAAAAGAAGAAGUUUUAAAGAAUUUGAUUAAUUUUAGCACAAGAGUUAGCUUGGUUAAUCCGAUGGAAGUAAGUAUUAGGAGAACGAAUAUAACUAGAGCUUUGAAAUGAAGGUAUACAGGUGAAAGAAUAGAUGCGCUUACUUUUAUGGUUAGCAGUGAUGUUAAACUUACUGGAGUUGGUAUUUGCGCUCCCUACAAACAAGGAGGAUCUGUCACAGUCAAGGAUUUUCAAAUUGUUAAAGGUAAGGUUAAGAUUAAGAUUAAUGCUGGGCAUUUAAGGUCCCCGCUUCACAAGAGUGACAUUCUGUAUAGCGCUAGCCAUCUGGCUGUACAUCAGAUUGUGUGACUUUAGCCUCUGGUAUCUCCAAGCCAAGGCCGAAAUUCUGGUUUCUCGAUAGUGGAAUGCCCUAUUGGAUCGAAACCUUUGUUGGGCUCCACUAUUUGAAACCUCUUACCUUCAACCGCCUAGUCAUUCCACCCUGCCUCACUCCUAACCGGAUCUCUACCUAUCUGCAGCUCUUCAACGGGGUGUAUCUAUGUUGUCCAGUCUGCCACUCCCUUUUUUAGGUCACCCUAAAAAGUCUACGCAAUUCGGGGCAGACCAAUAUUGCAACUUGCGCAGUUCAUUUCGGGCGCUCCAUGGCUCAGGUGCUGCUAGCAAAAGGAGCCAGAAGUAACUGCCAAUUUGGAUCAGGCCACAAACCAGUGAAUUUGUGCUUAAGUUCUUAUCUGCAGGAUAUGAGUCACUCCUGGCUCCAAAAAUCAUGCCCGUAUAUACAUAGAUAGCUGUCACGGAGAGGACGGAUCGGAUAUCAUCGCCAUUUUAUGUGUAUGAAUUUUUAAAGGUAAAUAUACGAAUUCAAGCUCAGUUUAUAAAAAUCCUAGCAGGAUAAAUAUUACUUAUAGUCCUGAAAAUUCAGUCACAAAGGUGCCUGUAGUUGGUGGGCUGAAAAUAAAGAAAUUUGCUUGGUAUAGUGUAAUUUUUUGCAUUGAAGGGGAUCAUACUUACAAAUGUGUAGACUGCUCUCAAAAAGUGCAGGGGCCUGGCGAUGUUGAGUGGGAGUUUACAAAUACAUCGUUUCAUCAAAGCCAUCAGAAUAAUAGAUGUGACACUGUAUGUGGACCAAUUGCAGAUUUUUAUUAUAUGCAAUUGCAAAAAAAUGACAUGUAA